UCAUCCAUCAGCAGCUUCACUUUGUGUCUUCAGCAGCCAAUGCUUGGGUUUCAACUGGGACAGAGUGAACGGAGACUCAUCAUGGAUCCAGACUCCAUCGAGAGUUUCAAUCAAAUCUGUCCAUCGGGCUACAGAACUGCCAUGAAGCUCCAGGCUCUGCAGAGACUCUGUUGCCUGGACACCGUGUUGGUGCGACACGUCACAGCGGCUCUCCACUCGGGGGGUGGAGCUCAGAGUGACGUCGCAAUGAGCAGACAGGAAGUGACCUGCGCUCUGAACAGGAUGUUCCACAGCGCAUCACAGGACGUGCCAUUUCAUGUGACUGCAGCAGCUACCGAGGAGACAUGCAGUCUGAUGUUCAGGUUGUUUGACCGCAGUCAGUCCGAUGAAGUUUCAGCUCGCUCUCUUCAAACUGCUCUUAUCGCUCUGUCCUCAGAUAACCUGCUGCUAAAGUACAGAGGUCUGCUGCAGGUCUCGACAACCCCUUCAGGAUCCAUCAGCAAGCCUGGACUCAGGUGUUUGCUGAUGGACCUCAUCCAGGUUCCUGCGGCAGUUCAGGAGGAAGUCGUGUUUGACGAUUUGGAGGCGGCGGUUCAGUCGUGUUUUAAAGGGGUGUUGACCCCAACGGUGAGCAAGCAUCAUCUGUUGUCAUGGCUGCAGAGUGAGCCAUGCCUGUUGCUAUGGUUAUCCACUCUGUACCGGCUGUCAGCCAGUCAGAGCGUCCAGCACAAUGUUCGCUGUCACAUCUGUAAGACCCGCCCCUUCACUGGGCUCAGGUAUCGAUGUAUGAAGUGUGUGAACGUCCAUGUGUGUCAGAGCUGCUUCCUGACUGACCGCCAGACCAGGAAACACAAAACCCACCAUCCAGUGCUUGAGUUCUGCAAGCAGCCCACCUGGAGAGAGUCUCUAACCUCGUUGGUGCGCAGUGCUCAUCACGCCUUGCUGCCACGGCGACACACUCAGAGAGAAGCUAAUUGGAAGAGGGUCCUAAUGUGGGAGGAGCCAAGCGAGACGGAGAACAGAGCACCACCUGCUUCUGAUGCCUCAACACGAUUGGCUGGCUCGUCUCACAGCCCCUCCUCUGAGAGGGGUGUUUCACAUGCCGCCUCAGAGGCUCCUCCUCCUCACUGCUCUUCUUCGUGUAAAUCUCUGCAGACGAAUGAGGACACGUCCAGUCAGCAGACAGUGGCGUUGCUGACAGACGUGAAGAACCUACAGAGGGACCGAUGGCUGUUGGAGCAGGAGCUCCAAACGUUUCGGCUCACUGUCCAAUCCGAGCAGGGCAUCCUGGAGGAAAGGUGCUCUGAGAUGGAAGUUACUGUGGAAACAUUGACGCGGUACAAUGCUCAACUGCAGGGCAUGCUCACACAGGCUCUGAACAAGAUGGAGGCUCAACAACACGCCAGCAACAUGCCAAACAGUGCCAACACGGAGAACACAGAAAGAGGAACCAUCACGCCAACUUCUGACACUCUGAAAAGCACAGAAGAAGAAACAGAGGAGGAAGAGGAGAUAGAGGAUGAGUGGAGCCAGGAAGAACUUCAAACUCAAACAUCUCCCACAAUCCACCAGGGCUCACCUCCCUCACCUGAUGGAGACUGUGAGGAGUCUGCAGGUCGCAUGUCUCCACAUCAUCCAGUAGAGCUACAGCAUGGCCCUGAGGAGGCGGAGCUACAAGGAGAACGAAACAGUCUGUCUGAAGAAGAGGAGGAACAUGGGCCACGUAGUUCAGAGACGCUGCUGCAGGGGACUGUAGAACGACUGAAGGCUGCGCUGGAGACACACAGGUGGACUCAGACAGGUGAGAGGACGAGGGCGGAGCUUCUGCAGGCUGCUGAGCAGGUGGGAGACUCGAUGCUCCACCUGGUCGACGCUAUGGAAACAAACUCACCAGCUGAUUCGUCCAGCUUAGAAAACUUUAUUUAAACAUUAAAUAAAUG